AUGGCACACGCUGGGCGAGAGGUUGCGGGCAUAUCCGGGGGCGGCCCUCGGGCUUGGGUUCCCGGUGUGCCCGGUCGCACCCACCAGUUUGCUCGAUGGGACAUGGCGGGCGGACGGGCCCCGGGUCGCCCGGGAAGCACCCGCGACGGCGGGCUCCCACCGACUGGCCCGCCCACGUCGCGUGGCUCUGGCCUCCAAGUGCGCGUAGCUGCCGCUCCGGGACGAACAGGGUGGCCCACUUUGUAUGGCAAAACCGGCGCCCCCCGGAGAACUUUCUGGGCCAACGAAGGGCUGCACACCUCCCCCCGACCCAACAGGGGUCGGAGGGUAUGUAAUGAGGCGGACCAACCGGGCCAGCGGUCCGCGGCAGAGGGGUCGACUGCGGUGGCGGGCGGGGCGGGGCGUGGCGGACGGGGUGCGGACGGGGUGCGGACCAGGCGUGACCGGCGCGGGCCAAGCGGGAGGCCCGACGGCGGCAAGCGCGCUGGCGACCGCGUCCUCACCGCGUCCUCACCGCGUCCUCACCGCGGGCACGUCCCCGCGGCGGCCGGGCCCCGCGGGCAGGGAGGGGCGAGGCCCCCGGCCUGCCGGAGGGGUGGGCGCGUCGGCCAGUUGGUGGUGGGGGCGGGCCGCCCGGGGAGGAGAUCGCGGCCCGCCGCCGGAGGCAGGAGGCAGGAGGCUCGUCGCGGGUUGGAUGGACGGAUGGCUCGACGGGCCCCGGGCGCCCCGUGA